UUCGGAUCCUGCUCCCCACCGACCAGCUGAGCUCCUGCCACCAGCCACUCUGCAGCGGUGCUCCUGGUGGCGUUUCCCCUCUGGAAGGGAAUUAGUGUGGGAAUGCCAGAAGAUACAGUUUCACAACCACAGGCUGUGCACAGCCAACUGGAGAAGCCGUCAAGUACUGCAAUUCUCUGCAAUACCUGUGGAAACCCAUGCAAAGGAGAAGUUUUGAGAGUUCAGAACAAAUAUUUCCAUAUUAAGUGCUUUGUUUGCAAAGCUUGUGGAUGUGACCUGGCUCAAGGAGGAUUUUUUGUGAGACAGGGAGACUACAUCUGUACUUUGGACUACCAGAGACUCUAUGGCACACGGUGCUUCAGUUGUGAUCAAUUCAUUGAGGGAGAAGUGGUCUCAGCAUUGGGCAAAACCUAUCACCCAGACUGUUUUGUGUGUGCUGUCUGCAGGUUGCCUUUCCCUGCAGGCGACCGGGUAACUUUUAACGGGAAGGAGUGCAUCUGCCAGAAAUGUUCCCUGCCCCCUUCCAGCAGCACUGGCUCUUUCCCUGUACAGAACCUGCGGAAUUGUGGGGGUUGUGGUUCAGAAAUAAAAAAUGGGCAGUCCUUGGUUGCCUUGGACAAACAUUGGCAUUUGGGCUGUUUUAAGUGCAAUACGUGUGGCAAGCUACUGAAUGCAGAGUACAUCAGCAAGGAUGGUGUUCCAUACUGCGAAACGGACUAUCAUGCAAAGUUUGGUAUCAGAUGUGACAACUGUGAAAAGUAUAUCACGGGAAGAGUGCUUGAGGCAGGAGAAAAACAUUAUCACCCAACCUGCGCACGAUGUGUCAGGUGCAAUCAGAUGUUUGCAGAAGGAGAAGAAAUGUAUCUUCAAGGAACAUCCAUUUGGCAUCCAGCUUGUAGACAGGCUGCAAAGGCUGAAGAAAAAAACAAGGAAACAAGGACUUCUUCUGAGAGUAUUAUUUCUGUACCUGCUUCAAGUACAUCAGGUUCCCCAAGCCGUGUGAUCUAUGCAAAGCUUGGAGAUGAAAUUCUUGACUACAGGGAUUUGGCUGCUCUUCCUAAAAAUAAAGCCAUCUAUAACAUUGACCGCCCAGAUAUGAUCUCCUAUUCUCCAUAUAUCAGUUACUCUUCAGAUGACAGGCAUAGUUACGGGGAGUCACCUCAGUUGCUCUCUCCAACACCUACUGAGGGUGACCAAGAUGACAGAUCUUUCAAGCAGUACAGAACAUCAAGCCCGAGCUCUGCUGGCUCGCUGGGCUAUGGUCGCUACACCCCAACCUCCCAUUCUCCUCAGCAUUACAGCAGACCAGCUGGUACUCAGAGUCUUGGUACCAGUAGCUGCAUCUCCCUGCCCCAACACCCAAGCCCUACAUCUACAUUCAGACAUCAUUACAUCCCUUUCUUCAAAGGCAGUGAAAGUGGUCGGAGCACUCCAAGCUUAUCCAUGUACUCUGAGAGCAAAUCUUCACCUUCUGUCUAUCAGCAGGCUCCUAGGCAUUUCCAUAUUCCAGACACUGGCGUAAAAGAUAACAUCUAUAGGAAACCUCCUAUCUACAAACAGCAUGCAACAAGAAGAUCAGAAGGCGAGGAUGGAAGCUUGGAUCAGGACAGUAAGAAGCUGAAGACCAGUUGGCUUAUUCUGAAAGGGGAUAUGGACACCAGAACUAAUUCCCCGGAUUCAGAAACACGGUCCCUGUCUCUUACUGCCAGAACCGACAGAGAUUCCCGAUUUCCAUAUUCUAAAUCUGCUUCUCUACCUGGCUAUGGAAAGAAUGGCUUACAUCAGCCUGAAAACAUGGGCCAAUAUGAAACGGACCAGGAGGCAAGCUGGGGGAUGAAAGAAUACAAGGUAAGAAGGGCUUUUCCAACACUGGAAGAACAAACAGAAUCAGCACUUCCUAGCAAGAUUUAUCCUUAUGAAACACUUAUUGUAACAAACCGAGUUCGUGUGAAAUUGCCUAAGGAUGUGGACAGGACCAGGCUGGAGAGGCAUUUGUCCCCUGAAGAGUUCCAGGAAGUCUUCAAAAUGAGCAUUGAGGAAUUUGAUCGGCUGGCACUUUGGAAGCGGAAUGACCUGAAGAAAAAGGCCCUGCUUUUCUAAACCCUCCUGGAUAAAAUAUGUGCUUAAUCAAAACAAAAAUAGUCUUGCCAGAACUAUCACAUGCACUUGCUGUUGAACCAUUGUCCAGCUUCAUUGUGUUAGUAUGUGUCGGGGGAAACAAGACAGAUUAGAUGGUAAUGUGUUGGGAUACAGAGAAUUUGCUAAUCCUGCAUUUCCAGCCAGUUUUGUCAGUAACUCCUGGUCCUACCCAGUUUACAACGUGCGAAAAAUCUAGCUUUAAAUUUAUUGUUGCUUGCAGUUAUUGCUUGAUGCAUAUGGAAAUUCUGAAAGGAAGAGAAAAAAGUGUAGCUGUGACACGGGAAAUGCAUCCAACAUUUUGUUCCAUUAGGUUUUAUAAUGCAAUUUUUACAAAAUGAAGUAAGUAAUUCAUAUAAAAUUUUCCAGUGGGGGAUCACAUGCUAUAAAAAAUAUGGUAAAAACCAAAGAAAAGCAUAUCCGCAAGCAAUUAUUGCAAUUGUUUAUGUGUGGUACUUUUUAAGAAUGAAAGCAAAAAUAUGGAAGCACCUUAAUUCUACUUCUUAUAUUUAAACACAGCGUACUCUUUAAAAGGUCCUAUUUGUCUAGAAGGUAACUAGCUAUCUUUAAUUACAACACCAGAGUUUUUAUUUUAUUAAGAAUAUAUUGUGACAUAAAACAGUUAUAAUCACUAAAAUGUAUACAGACCUACGUAAAGAUUUAGUCCCAUUCAUCAGGAAAACUGAAGCCUUAUACAAAACUGGUUUAAGAGUGUAUUGUGCCAGAGGACUGUGUUCUCCUACUACUUUGGGGUGUUUGGAGAACUUUUUUUUUACAUUUCAUGCUGAUAAAAAUACCAUGCAAUCUUAAUUAGUAUGUAGAUAGAUCUAUCUACCUAUAAAAGAAUUAUUUUCAUUAAUAUAUGUCCUAAGUGAAGACACUCUUACUUUCUCAACUUUCUGGCUUUACAUAAUAAGCCAUGAGAACUGUGAGGGCAAUUGGUAGAUGUGGAAAUGGAACAAUGUGGAAAUGUAACAAAAAAAGCUUGGUGUGCUCUAUCAAUAAUACAGCCAAUUAUAAUCAAAUAUAUAAAACCCUCAUGCAUUACUAUUUGCAUGUUUCUGUACAAAUCAAUUUGAAAAGAAAAAAUCCUAUGUGAUACUGGUGCAGUACCUUGAAACUAUCUUAAAUAACAAGAAAAGCUAACAAAAUCUAAGUGUUUGAUAUGAGCGUUAGACCUUAAUAUCUCUUCCAGCUGAAAGACUUUAUUAAAUUUAAUAGUUUCAUAUGAUCAGAAGUAUGGUUGCUGACAAAGAAUGUUUUAAAAUGAGUUGCUAGUUUUGUGUGAUACUAAAAGAGCAUUACAAAAAGUACGUUUUUCAGCCAUGUGUCAGUAUUUUGCAUUUUUACUGCCUUGAAUGUUUGUACUCACCUCCUACUUCACUAUGUCUUUUUGCAUUUCCUUAAAGUAACUGGUUAAUAUAUGCACUACAACACACUAUUUCAACUUGGAAAAAUCAUAGCAUUGAACAUGCCUUCUUCCAACUAACAUUCAAAGUCCAUGCUGUUGGAAAUAAAUAUUUUCUCAUGACCUAAAUGUUUUGUCUGAUGAUACAAAUGUUAAAAAAAAAUUCAUUAAAACAAAGACAUAACUGAA